CGAAAACGAAGACACUAUAGAUGACUUCGCUCAUUGGGAAGAAUAUAUGAAGAGAUUCCACAUCUUAAUGAAGGAAAAUGGUUGCCAUCCUUUUAAAUACGGAGUUUGGCCACGGCAACGUACUCGUAAAGAAAAAAAGAUUCCAGAAGCCGUCCGUAGGACAUUAAUGAAGCUGCUAGACAUCGAGUCCAAGCCCGGAAACUGGAGGUGUCUGGCAGAAAGCUUAGGAGCUUCUUGCUCAGAUAUACAAUUCCUGGGAAACCGUAACCACGAGUCGCCAACGCAACACGUCCUCAACGUAUUCGAAACAAUGGGCAAGCCUUUAACUUUACUGAGAGACAUCUUCAUUGACCUUGACCGCUACGAUGUUGUUACUGUGUUAAAUGACGAGAUUAAUUGAUGCCAAAUAGGCCACUGGUCAGGGAAUGAGACCAUGCCCACCCCGCUCCACAAAGAAAUCGAGCUUGGAUCC